AUGGAUGAUUCCGAUUCCCUCUUUGACGACCUCCCUGACGCCUCGGCCAACACUGCCCCCCCGUAUUCGCACCGGCCGGCGCGUGGUCGGACAACUCCCAGAAAAAUUGGCGAAAAAAAAAGCGAAGAGAACGAGACGAAGUUUCUGACAAGAAUGAAUUUGACAGCGCCGUUUGCGGCCGCCAUCCCCUCCUCCAGAGACCCCGGGCGUCUCCUGCCGCAAACCGUCGCCCACCGCGGCUUCCGGGCGGCGUGGCCCGAAAACAGCCUCGAUGCCAUGCGCGCCGCCGUCGACGCCGGUGCGCACGCCAUUGAGACGGACGUGCACCUGACCCGCGACGGUGUCGUCGUCAUGUCUCACGACGCUACGCUUACACGCUGCUUUGGCGUCAGGAAGAAGAUUGCCAGCUGUGAUUGGGAGUACAUUGAGACGCUCAGGAGUAUCAGGACGCCGCAUCUGGGCAUGCCGCGGCUGCGUGACGUGUUGGAGCUGCUGAACGAGGAGCGCAUGCAAAAGACGUGGUGUGUGCUGGACAUCAAGGUAAGCCCAAGCCUUCAUUUUGUGACUAGAGACUGCGAUUUCUUUGUUGCUGAUGAGAGGCAGAUGGACGAUGAUGCGGAGCAGUUACUGUCCAGCAUGAAGCACGUCCUGGACACCGUCAAGGGUCCUAUUCCGUGGGAGAAGCGCAUCCUCCUCGGCUGUUGGAACGCCACAUACAUCACCGCAGCGCGGCGCAUCCUCCCCAGCUACCCGCUGUCGCACAUUUCCUUUUCGCGCUCCUACUCGCGGCAUUUCGGCGCGGCGCUGCCGAACCUGGGCUACAGCCUGCACUUUUCCGCGCUGUCGGGCGUGCUCGGGCGGCGUUUUCUGCAGCAGCUGCGGAGCGGCCCCGUGCUGACGUGGACCGUCAACCAGGACAACUGGAUGCGGUGGCUGCUGGACCGGCGUGUUCUCGACGCCGUCAUCACCGACGACCCGCGGCAGUUUCGCGCCGUCUGUCGCGUCUGGGAGGACGAGCUGGACGGGCGGCGCGAGCGGCCGCGGGUGGGCGUCGUGGCGGCGGCGCGGCGCGGGUGCGGCGACGGGCUCGAGGCGCUCAAGUUUGCGCUGCUGUGGGUCGUGCUGCACGUCGUGACGAGGUUCUCCAGAAGGCUGGAUACGCUGCCGGACGUGAUGAAGCGCAAGAGUCGGUAG